AUGCUGGAGCGUCUGAUUGGCCGAGCACAGAAGCUACAGGACAAGGUGAGACUUCUUCAGCCCAGCUGUGUGUCUGUGAAGAGUGAAUCAUCUCCAGCACCCAGCUGUGUGUCUAUGAAGAGUGACCGGUCCAUGGAUUAUCCUCCUGCAUUCAACAGUGGACCUGUGACCUCUGUCCAAUGGAGGUGGAGGCACAGCACAGCAAUUCCAGUACCCAGCUGUGUGUCUAUGAAGAGUGACCAGUCCAUGGAGCCUCCUCCUAACUUCAGUAGUGGGCCUGUGACCUCAGUUCUACGUGACCAGAAGAAGCCUGUAAACAUUUCUAAAGAAAAGCUGGAGUCAUUGUUCAAGGAGCUGGAGGACAAAAUCAUCUCUCUGCUGAAGAAUGAGUUGAAGAGAUUUAAGAAUCUACUGAGCUCAGAUUACCCAGCAUGCACUGAGAGACAGGUGGAGGAUGAGGAGGAUCACAGCAGUGUCAGAGAGGGGACACUGACGAUCACACUGCACGUCCUGAGAAAGAUGAACCAGAAAGACCUCGCUAACACACUACUGACCAAACUGGCCCCUGCUUGCCACAGAAAGCUCAAAUCCAAACUGAGGGACAAAUGUCAGAAGAUUCAUGAAGGAAUUUCACAGCAGGGAACCACAGCACUUCUGAAUGAGAUCUACACAGAGCUCUACAUCACAGAGGGAGGGAGUGGAGAGGUCAAUAAUGAGCAUGAGGUGAGACAGAUUGAGACAGCAUCCAGGAGAACAGCAACACAGGAGACAUCCAUCAAAUGCAGUGACAUCUUUAGACCCUUACCAGGACAAGACAAAGCCAUCAGAACUGUGCUGACUAAAGGAGUGGCUGGAAUUGGCAAAACGGUCUCUGUGCAGAAGUUCAUACUGGACUGGUCUGAAGGAAACAUAAAUCAGGAUGUUCUCUUCAUAUUCCCACUUCCUUUUAGGGAGCUGAAUUUGCUGAAGGAGAAAAAGUUCAGUCUGGUGGAGCUUGUUCAUCGCUUUUUCCCAGAAACAUGUGAAUUAAAACCUAAACAUUAUACAAGCUACAAAAUUCUGUUCAUCUUUGAUGGUCUGGAUGAGUGUAGACUUCCUCUAGAUUUCCAGAACAAUGAGAGAUUGUGGGAUGUAACAGAGUCGACCUCAACGGAUGUGUUGCUGACAAACCUCAUCAAGGGGAAUCUGCUUCCCUCUGCUCUCCUAUGGAUAACCUCUCGACCAGCAGCAGCCAAUCAGAUCCCUCCUGAGUGUGUUGACCAGGUAACAGAGGUAAGAGGGUUCAGUGAACCACAGAAAGAGGAGUAUUUCAGGAAGAGAAUCAGUGAUCAGGUCCUGGCCAAUAGAAUCAUCACACACAUGAAGUCAUCAAAAAGCCUCUACAUCAUGUGCCACAUUCCAGUCUUCUGUUGCAUUGCAGCCACUGUUCUAGAGAGAAUGUUGGGUGAAGCAGAGAGUGGAGAGAUCCCCAAGACCCUGACUCAGAUGUUCACACACUUCCUGAUCUUUCAGCUCAGACACAAGGACCAAAAGUAUGGAGGAAGUAUGAAAGGACAAAAAAGGACUCACACAAAUCAUAUGAAAAAACAUGUUUUGGCACUGGGAAAACUGGCUUUCCAACAGCUAGAAAAAGGCAACCUGAUCUUCUAUGAGGAAGACCUGAGAAACAGUGGCAUUGAUGUCAGAGAAAUGACAGUGUAUUCAGGAAUGUGCACUCAGAUCUUCAGAGAGGAGUUUGAGCUACAGCUGGGGAAGGCGUUCAGCUUUGUUCAUCUGAGUGUUCAGGAGUUUCUGGCUGCUUUAUAUGUGUUUAUUUCCUUCAUCUCCACCAACACCAAUUUGCUGCAACAGAAACACGCUGGAUUUUUCAGUAUUUUCAAAACCCCAAUAUCUGUCUUCCUCAACAGUGCAGUGGACAAGGCCUUACAGAGUCAAAAUGGACACCUGGACCUUUUCCUCCGCUUCCUUCUGGGUCUCUCACUGGAGUCCAAUCAGACUCUUUUGCAAGGCCUACUGACACAGACAGGAAACAGCUCUCCCAGCAAAGAGGAAACAGUCAAGUACAUCAAGGAGAAAAUCAGUGAGAAUCCCUCUACAGAGAAAUCCAUCAAUCUGUUCCACUGUCUGAAUGAACUGAAUGAUCAUUCUCUAGUGCAGGAAGUUCAAACAUACCUGAACAGAGGAGCUAACCGUCAUAGAGCCAGACUGUCUCCUGCUCAGUGGUCAGCUCUGGUGUUUGUGUUGCUGAACUCUGAAGAGGAGCUGGAUGAGUUUGACCUGAGGAAAUAUGACCCAUCAGAGGAAUGUCUACUGAGACUGCUGCCAGUGGUCAAAGCAUCCAGAAAAGCCAUACUAUCUGGCUGUGGUCUCACAGAAGAGUCUUGCAAAUCCCUCACAUCAGUUCUACAAACAGAAAACUCACUGAGAGAGCUGGAGAUGAAUAAUAAUUACCUGCAGAAUUCAGGAGUGGAGCAGCUCUGUGCUGGACUGAAGAGUUCACACUGUAAACUGGAGAUUCUCAGACUGUCUGGUUGUUUGGUCACAGGGGAAGGCUGUUCUUCUCUGGCUUCAGCUCUGAGGUCAAACCCCUCCCACCUGAAAGAACUGGACCUGACGUACAACCACCCAGAAGAGUCAGGAGUGAAGCUGCUCUCUGCUAGACUGGAGGAUCCCAACUGCAGACUGGACACUCUCAGGAUGGAGCAUGCAGGGGAGAUCAGAAUCAAACCAGGACUAAGAAAAUAUGUGUGUGAUCUCACACUGGACCCAAACACAGCACACACACGUCUCUCUCUGUCUGAGGGGAACAGAAAGGUGACGCGUGUGGAGGAGCAGCAGCAGUCGUAUCCUGAUCAUCCAGAGAGAUUUGAUGUCUGUCAUCAGGUUCUGUGUAGAGAGAGUCUGACUGGACUCUGUUACUGGGAGGUUGAGUGGAGUGGGGGAGGGGCUGAUAUAUCAGUGACAUAUAAAGGAAUCAGGAGGAAAGGACACAGUGGUGACUGUUGGUUUGGAUGGAAUGUAAAGUCCUGGAGUCUGAACUGCUCUGAUAACAGUUACUCUGUCUGGCACAAUAAUAAGAAAACUGCCAUCUCUGCCCCCCCCUCCAGCUCCAACAGAGUAGGAGUGUAUCUGGACUGGCCCGCCGGCACUCUGUCCUUCUACAGCGUCUCCUCUCACACACUCACACACUUACACACACUCCACUCCACAUUCACUGAGCCCCUCUAUGCAGGGUUUGGGGUUUGGGGUUCUGACUCCUCAGUGUGUGUGUGUGAGCUAGAAUAG